CAGCUGCGAAUAAGACCCAAACACUAUUCUUCUUCUUACUCAAAGAUUUUCAAAUUCCCUUUCACUCGUUCAUUUUGUAACGCUACUAUAAUUAGGAAAAUGCCGGAUGUUCAAGUCCUUGUGAAUGAUUUUGUGAAUCUUCUCAAGAAACGUAAAAUUGAAGGGUCUCAGGCCACAGCAAAGCAGACAGCAGAGUUGCUCCGGUCAGUGAUUUCGCAGCAGCGGCUGCCACACACAAACCAAGCCACAGCUCUGCUUAAUGCAGUAAGGGCUGUUGGGGAGAAGAUUAUUGCUGCUAAUCCCAUUGAGUUGGCUGUGGGAAAUAUUGUCAGGCGUGUUUUGCACAUUAUAAGGGAGGAGGAUCAUUCCCUUGCAACAGCUGCUAUGGCUGCUUUGGGGAUGUCUGCUGGAAGUGACGAUGAGGAUGAUGUGGAGCGAGAUGAUCAUCCUGUUUUAUCUGCUGCUGCUGUUGCAGCUGCUGCAAGAAGUACCUUGCGUCCACCAUCAUUGCAAACUCUUCUAGAGGGUGUGACUAUUUUAUCUCCUGUUCCAGUUCCACCAACACCUUCCUCAGGGGGUGAAUCUGAGGGGAAAAGUAGAUCUGUUGAAAAGAGUUCAAAAAGUCGGAAGUUGAAGCAUGAUGUCAUUGAAGCUGUCAAUGAACUUAUUCAAGACAUAACCACGUGCCACGAACAAAUAGCAGAGCAGGCAGUAGAGCUUAUUCAUCAAAAUGUGGUAAUAUUAACGCUAGGCAGUUCAAAAACUGUGUUGGAAUUUCUUUGUGCUGCAAAGGAUAAAAAAAGAUCAUUUAAGGUCUUUGUUGCUGAAGGUGCCCCAAGAUAUCAGGGGCAACUCCUUGCAAAAGAAUUGGCUGAUAGAGGCUUACAGACCACAGUAAUUACUGAUGCUGCAACUUUUGCUUUGAUUUCUCGAGUGAAUAUGGUUAUUGUUGGAGCUCAUGCUGUGAUGGCUAAUGGUGGAGUAAUUGCCCCUGUAGGGUUACAUAUGGUUGCACUUGCAGCUCAAAGGCAUGCUGUUCCCUUUGUUGUACUUGCUGGGAGUCACAAGAUGUGCCCGUUGUAUCCACACAAUCCUCAAGUCCUACUGAAUGAGUUCAGAUCCCCAUCCGAGCUACUUGACUUUGGUGAAUUCUCAGAUUUGUUGGAUUAUUCAACUGGUGCUGGUUCUCUUGAUGUUGUUAAUCCAGUAUUUGAUUAUGUGCCACCAAACCUUGUUAGUCUCUUUAUUACUGAAACUGGAGGGCAUAACUCGUCAUAUAUGUACCGGCUGAUAGCUGAUUACUACUCUGCUAAUGAUUUGGUAAUGAAACAAACACCUCCUACAGGGUGUUGAGUUCAGCUACCCCAAUUUUGUCCUAUAACGGUUGAUUGUGAUGUUAUAUGAGGAGCCGUGAGCCAGUGAUAUAUGACAUGACCCUUUGUGCGAUAGAAAAUAAAUCGUGUGUAAAUGACAUGGGAAAAUACCAAGGGAGACAACGGAAAUUCAAUUUUUGUGGUUGCUGAUUUAACUUUUGUUCCAUUCGUGGGCAAUCGAGGCUAAUAACUAGUUUUUUUUUUUUUUUUACUGCACACCGUUGUUUACUCAGCAAUGAUAAUACAUAAUAGCAUAGUCUUUUCACAGAAACAUAUUGUAUAGGAAGCAUUUGUUUGCAUAAUAUUACAUACAGGAGUGUUAUUUCUUUGAA